UUUGUAGUUUUAAAAUUGUGAAAAAAAACCUGUUCUAUUUGAAAUUUAUUAGAUAGAAACAAUAUUAGCCAAAGAGGCAAAAACUAAAAAAGUAUUAGAAAUAUUGAUAUAGGUCUAGAUCCGGUUAGCCUAACAUUUUCCGUAAAUCUGCCAAGUAAGCCGGUAUGACUAAAGUAUUAUUCUAAUUCUUGACAUUAUAUAAUUCCAUAGACUAUAACUCUAUUAGAUUCGAUUAUCACAUUAUAUUUUGUUGAUUGGAAAGUACCACAGUUUCUCAAAUGGAUAAUUUAACAGAUCAUUUGUUUCACCCACAACAAGUUUUGGACUUUUUACCUGAAAAUCCAAUUAAAGAACCUUUUGCAAAUGCAUGGAUUUAUAUGACAAACAAUUAUACAAAAUUUCAAAUAGCUACAUGGGGAUCUCUCAUUGUUCACGAGCUUAUUUAUUUUGCAGCAUGUAUGCCAGGUAUUAUUUUCCAGUUCAUUCCUUUCAUGAGAAGAUUUAAGAUUCAGGCAAAUCGACCAGAAACUUUUGAGGGCCAGUGGAAAUGUUUCAAGCUAAUUAUGUUCAACCAUUUCUUUAUACAGCUUCCCUUGAUAGCAGGCACUUAUGUUUUUACUGAAUAUUUUAAUAUACCUUAUGGAUGGGAAGAAAUGCCUCCAUGGUAUGAUCUAGCUCUGAGAGUGUUUGGCUGUGCAGUAAUUGAAGACACAUGGCAUUACUUUCUUCAUGGUGCAUUGCAUGACAAGAGAAUAUACAAAUAUAUUCACAAAGUACAUCAUAAUUUUCAGUCACCUUUUGGUAUGACUGCUGAAUAUGCUCAUCCUGCAGAGACUCUUAUUCUAGGUAUGGGAUUUUUCUGGGGCAUCCUGUUGCUGGCUAACCACAUGGUCUUACUGUGGGCUUGGGUGUGUGUGCGUUUGUUUGAAACAAUAGACGUGCACAGUGGAUACGACAUACCUUAUCUGAACCCAUUUCAUCUUAUCCCUUUCUAUGGAGGCUCUAGAUUUCAUGACUUUCACCACUUUAACUUCACUGGCAACUACUCCUCAACAUUCACAUGGUGGGAUAAAAUAUUCGGCACUGACAGGCAGUUUAAAGAAUACUACGCAAAGCAAGAAAGUUUAAAGAGUGCUCAAAAUAGCAAUAAGACUCAACACAAUAGUAAAAAGACUCAACAGAAUGGCAAGAAAACUAAGUCUCAAUAGGCAUCAUCAUCUCUUCACUAGUGUUAGUAUACUUUUAGGACUAUAUUGUAAUGAGAAUUGCAACUAGUAUUAGUCAUUUAAUAGUAAUGGCAACUAAUCAAUGUUCAUAUAAAUGAAGUUAGUUUAUUGAAACAAUACUAUCCAUUAAAAAUGUUUAUUUUUUAAAAAAAAAAAAAUAAGCUAUAAAAAAAUAAAUAGGAGUAUUACCUCUACUAAGUUGCUGUGGUAAAUUUUGAAACAUACACUUGUAUGCAACAUUGCAAAGUAUUAAUUUAAAAAUUUGUAAUGUCAAAAUGAGUGAUAGUCAUUUGAACACAAACAAUAUUUGUUCCCUCUGGUCAUUAUAUGUUACCUCGUUUGUACUAUUUAUUAAUAUUACAUACUAAAUAUGUCAAUUAUAACCUGAGAGCUUACCACAUUUUUAAUGAGCCAUGUCUACAAUUUACUUUCUCAGACUUGGAUUGUGUUUCUUCACAAAAAAAAUAGUUUAUGAAGUAAAGGACUUGAGGUGUUCACAUGCCUUUUUUUAAAACAUGAUUAUCUUCUGAUGAUGAUAAACUUUUGUAUGAUUAUACUAUAGUUUUUAAGCACAAUCAUUUGACCUUGUGUAUAUAGAGUAUAUACUAUAUGUGUUGCUUUCAUUGUCUUGCAUGUCUUGUAAGUAACAAAAGAUUCUUUUUUUUUUUUUUUUAAAUCAGCAUUUGGUGUUCAGCUGUUGGGAAGAAUGCUUUGUCAUUAUUUUAAGGAUAGUAAUAAAUCAACCCUAAACCACUUUCAUAACUGUGUGGGAUUAACACUGCAUUGUUAUUGAUAACCAAUGUUUGUACAACAGUUUAAUAUAUCAUACUCAUGAUUUCCAUUUUAGUGUCUACAGUAAUAUAUUCCUCUAGGCUAUCAUAGUUGAUCAAAUUUUUUAUUUAUUAAAGAGUUUUAAUGUAUCUAGCUACUUUGAGUAAUGCCCCCUUUCAGCUCUGACAUUCUAGACUUGUAGACUAAUAAUGUCCCUUACCAUCAUUUGUAUUAUAAUAUUAUCAAAGACAAAACUAUUUUUUUUUCAAGAUAGAAAUACCGAGUGUUAUUUAUUCUGCAAGCUUGUCUUAUCUAAUGAGUUCACAUUUCUGAUAUUUAUUUUGUGUACAGGAUUUGUUUUUUUAUCUUUGACUUUAUCUGUCAUCAUUUUGUUGUUGUUAACAUUAUCAAUUGUGUCGGUGUGGCGUGUGUAAUAUAGUUAGAGAAAUAUUUGUUUACUUUUAAGCCUAAGCCAAGAAACUAUUUACAAUGUGCUGGAACAUUUAUAAAUGAUGCUCUUGUGUAGUUUACUUAACAAAUUGAUUGCUUUUAAUUUGAUGCUGAAAUUAGUCAUAAGCUUUAAUUUGUAAAAUUAGCCAAAUGUUGAAUUAGUUUUAAGUUAUAAGGAACUCAAAUCUAUAAACCAGCCAGUCACAACAUACACUUUUUCUUUGAGCUUUAAAAUAAAAAAAAAAAAGAGGUUCUUAAAAUCUACUAAACCCCAUUCUUAAAUAAACCUGAUCAAUAACACUCUUCCAAGAGUGUGGUAACUGUACCUGUUAAGACAUCAGUAUUUUGUUUUGCAACUAGUUUCUAGUAUCAUCAAACUAAUACAAAACUUUAUUCCUGUUGUAGUCAUGACUACUGUGUUUUUGAUCUGGCUUGAUGAAAUGAUGAUAACUGUCUGAUUGUUUUGUAUAGGCUAUGAAUGUUUUAUUUUAUACUUUGUAAAUACAUAAAUAAAUUGUUUGUUUUUUUAUUAAA